AAAAAAAUCGUCUGAUGGAUAUGGGCCCAGCGUAUCUAGAAGAGAAUGGGGGGGACUCUCCAGACAGCCAGCAAUCCCUCACUCAGCUUACUUUCACCCAAAAGACAGAUCGCAAGGUCAUUGUGUUGGGCUCCGACCAGUCCGACUCGUCCUCCUGUGUCUUCUCCGUCCGCAGCUCUGUCAAGGGCUCAAUCGGACUGCAGAGAACCGCAAGUCUGCCCCGGAGGCGUGGGGAUCGCCUGGCCACCAGACCUGCACAGCGUCCCAUCUCGUUGCAUGGUGCACUAGACCCCAGUUUACUGGCAGCACAGCUAUCUGGCGGAGGCAACGGGUCCUACCUGAGUGGCACGGGCUUGCAGUACUCCCGUCUCAACAACCCCCUCUUCCAGCUGUUGGGUGGCCAAGGUGCUGUGGGCCAGCUGGGAGGAGCUACUCAAGGAGCUUACAAUCUGGGGAAUUGCAUCACCACCCUGGCUGAGAUGGAACGGAAGGUGCGGGAAGCCCUGGCAGAGAGAGAGCGGCUGCUGCAGGAAAGGGAAGCCAAGAGAGCUGCCGAGGAGGCCAGAUGCAUGGAGCUGACCCCGUCAACAAAGCUUUGCUGUGCUGCUCCCGUGCAGACUCCUGAUCCCGUGGAGAUCCAGGAGUUGAAGCCCGCCACGUUCGAUUUGCGUAAACACCUGGAGGCUUCCGGGCACAGCGUGGAUACCUGCCCACAGGUGCGGGUAAGCAGCAAGGUCUGCAAAGGCUACCUGGUCAAGAUGGGCGGCAGGAUCAAGACCUGGAAAAAGCGCUGGUUCACCUUUGACCGGCUGAAGCGUGUCCUGGCAUAUUAUGCAGACAAAGAAGAGACAAAGCUCAAAGGAGUAAUUUACUUCCAAGCUAUUGAAGAGGUCUAUUAUGACCACCUCCGGAGCGCCUUCAAGAGCCCCAAUCCCAAACUGACCUUCUGCGUCAAGACAUAUGACCGUCUCUUCUGUAUGGUGGCCCCCAGUCCUGAAGCCAUGCGCAUCUGGAUAGACGCGAUCGUCACAGCGGCAGAGGAGAAUGCUCGCUACUAAUGGGUGUGAUCCACUUAGGGCUUGGCUCUGCAUCUUUGACCUCCGCACAUUGACCUCUAACCUUGAGGUGCUCCCUUGUGUGAUUUAUGAGUCCUCUCCAAAGAAGAGUUUGGCAGCAGAGUAGCAACGGGAGGACUGCGUGACUUGAUUGGAAGCAUGCAGUUGGAUCAAGAGGGUGGACUCUUAAGUGCCCAAUGGGUCCUAUCAUCAAGUUGUUGGCUCCUUUAAGUGAAUUGCCUGAUGAUCUUAAUUUUAAAAAACCCGAACCAAUUCAAAAACUGGUUUCUGACGGCUGUCAGGAAAGGCUUGUAUCUCGGUCGGUGGACAGCGUUGGUGUGAGUUGCUGCGAGCUUUAUAAAAUCAAAUUUCACUGAAUGCAAACCAACAUCUCUGGGACUUGCCCCUGAUGGAUAUCAUCUGCUAAAGAAAAGGAGAGUUUUUGGAGAGAAAAGAAUUUGGGAGUUAACCAGAAUUUCCCCAGAGUGGAAAAGAUUCUGCUGCCCAGUAGGAAAUCAACCUUCACCACGGAGAAGAUGAUCCUUAAUCUAAAACGUGUCAGAUUUGACCAUGCUGCUGACGGUUAAAAGCGGACCUGAUUCCCUCAAUCCCUCGCAUCUAGACUUCUGCAACCAUAUGAAGUUUUCCUCCCACAAUGCCUUGCCAUAGUGCCUUGACAUACGUUUGUCUGGAACUGCCAUGCCUCCUGAACAGGAUGGCAAGACAGUGGGGCGGCACUGUACAGCUCCUGUAUUUAUUAUACGCUUUGGGUUUCUCCUGAAUACCUGGGACACUGUUUCAAUCGGGGCAGGUGGGAGGUGGGAACCAUGUACAAACUGUAGGCUAUUUAUUAUAUAAACCUUUCAAGUGGAAACAG